CGUAAAGUCGCAGUACAUGUGAAUAUUGCUGUCAUCUGAAUUGAAUAUGUUGGUAUUUAAAACGAUUUAAAUGGUGAAUUUAAUUUAAUAAUCGUUUAACUUAAUGCUUAAUAAAAUUACUGUCGUUAGCGGAGAUGGUUGUCGGGUGCUUUUGUAAAUCCCUUUCAUGUGCAAGCAGACUCAGAACAUUCACAACACACACAAGAGACAUUCGGCUGUUUAUUAAGCGUCCAGCCAUUCACAGGACUGUUAAGAGAACAUUACAAGAGCUUGAAAAUGCAAAUUCUUUUCAUUCAAGUCAUCCUGCGAUGGUCACGAAGAUUCUGUCUGUGGAUGAGAUCUUCAGCAAGAAGUCCUUGUAUGACUUUCUAAAGAAGAAGGAAACGGAGUAUGGCUCGUGCUUGGAGGCUCUCAAUACUGAUAACCAAACACUGGAUGAUGAAGACAUGAAAAUGAAGAGAAAUAAUCUGUCUGUUCUAGCCCCUCUGGUCCAAAAAAUGAAAGAGCUGGAAGACAAACAGAAGGAAUUGAAGGACACACAAGACUUGUUGAAAGAUAAUGAUCCAGACUUGCACGAUCUUGCAGAGACAGAGAGCCAGACUUGUUUAGCAGCCAUUCAUGACAUACAACUCAAGAUUUUAUCUUUUCUGAUCCCGGAGGAGGAAUCGGACAUGAGUGAUCUGGUUCUAGAAGUCACUGCUGGGGUUGGCGGUCAAGAAGCGAUGCUUUUCACUGAUGAGAUCUUUGAUAUGUAUCAAAACUUUGCUGCUUUUAAUGGCUGGGGCUUUGACGUCCUUGAGGUCAUGUCUAGUGAACUAGGGGGUGUAAGAAACGCAACCGCCAGCAUUAGUGGUCCACUAAGCUAUAAGAAGUUAAAGUUUGAAGCGGGUGUCCAUCGUGUGCAGAGAGUGCCGAAAACCGAGAAACAAGGUCGCAUGCACACCAGCACCAUGACAGUGGCCAUUCUUCCCCAACCCACUGAGAUCUCAUUUUCCAUUAACCCCAAAGAUCUGAGAAUAGAGACAAAGAGAGCCAGUGGAGCAGGAGGGCAACACGUCAACACCACUGACAGCGCUGUGAGGAUCGUUCAUCUGCCCACAGGUAUAGUCUCUGAAUGCCAGCAGGAACGUUCUCAGAUAAAGAACAAGGAGAAAGCCAUGACGCUACUGCGAGCAAAACUCUACAGCACAAGACUGGAAGAGGAGACCAGUAAGAGAUACCAGGCUCGAAAACUCCAGAUUGGCACCAAAGGAAGAUCUGAGAAGAUCAGAACGUAUAACUUCUCUCAGGACAGAAUCACCGAUCACAGAAUCGGUAAGACCAUCCACGACGUCCAUGGGUUUUUACAAGGAGAGGAACUGCUGGAGGAGAUGAUUGAGUUUCUGCAACAGUUUUCAGAGCAAGAAUCCCUCAUGGACAUUCUCAAAGACACUGAUUAUAACCAACAGUGACUUGUGGCAAUAAAGAAAUGUGUUAAAGUUU